UUUCCGGGAGCGCAGGCGGCGGCCGCCGGUGUCUCUUUCUCUCCGCUCUGCAGAGUCGGCUGUUGCAGCUCCUCUGCGGCGAGCAUGGCAGCUCGGAGACGCGGGGCCGCCCUGCGGCUCUGCGCUACAGUUUUUUUACUUGAUAUGGCUUUCUGUAAAGGAUAUGUAGAAGAUUUAGAUGAAUCAUUUAAAGAAAAUCGAAAGGAUGACAUUUGGCUUGUAGAUUUUUAUGCACCGUGGUGUGGCCACUGUAAAAAACUGGAACCAAUUUGGAAUGAAGUUGGUCUCGAGAUGAAAAGCAUUGGUUCUCCAGUUAAAGUUGGAAAGAUGGACGCUACUUCCUAUUCCAGCAUUGCUUCAGAGUUUGGAGUUCGAGGUUAUCCAACAAUUAAGCUAUUAAAAGGUGACCUGGCGUAUAAUUAUAGAGGACCACGAACUAAAGAUGAUAUAAUUGAGUUUGCUCACAGAGUGUCUGGGGCUCUAAUUCGGCCACUUCCAAGUCAGCAAAUGUUUGAACAUGUGCGGAAGAGGCAUCGUGUAUUUUUUGUUUAUAUAGGUGGAGAGUCACCUCUGAAGGAGAAAUACAUCGAUGCUGCUUCAGAAUUAAUUGUAUAUACAUACUUUUUUUCUGCCUCAGAAGAAGUCGUUCCUGAGUAUGUGACCCUGAAAGAGAUGCCGGCUGUGCUUGUUUUCAAAGAUGAAACUUACUUUGUUUAUGAUGAGUACGAAGAUGGUGAUCUAUCAUCUUGGAUCAACAGGGAGAGGUUUCAGAAUUAUCUUACAAUGGAUGGCUUCCUCUUGUAUGAACUUGGAGAUACCGGAAAGCUUGUGGCUAUUGCAGUAAUUGAUGAGAAAAAUACAUCAGUUGAACAUACCAGAUUAAAGUCAAUUAUUCAGGAAGUUGCUAGAGAUUAUAGAGACCAGUUUCACAGGGAUUUUCAGUUUGGCCAUAUGGAUGGAAAUGACUAUAUAAAUACCUUGCUGAUGGAUGAAUUAAAAGUCCCAACUGUGGUUGUACUGAAUACUUCAAACCAACAGUACUUUUUACUAGAUAGACAGAUUAAGAAUGCAGAAGACAUGGUCCAGUUCAUUAAUAACAUUUUGGAUGGCACAGUAGAUGCCCAAGGAGGGGAUAGCAUUUUGCAGAGAUUGAAAAGAAUAGUAUUUGAUGCCAAAUCUACUAUUGUGUCUGUAUUCAGGAGCUCUCCGCUUAUGGGCUGCCUCCUCUUUGGCCUGCCGCUGGGUGUCAUCAGCAUCAUGUGCUACGGUAUCUACACGGCUGACGCGGAUGGAGGUCACAUAGAGGAACGGUAUGAAGUGUCCAAGAGUGAGACGGAAAGCCCAGAACCGGUAGAAGAGAGCAAAGGAGAACAGGAGCCCAGGAGUGGGGACUCUCCGGUGCCUGCAGUGCAAGAACCCAAAGAUGUGUUAGAAAAGAAGAAAGAUUGAGACUUCACUAAGAUAAAAUAUUUCAUAGGAUUUCAAAUUAUUAAAGAGUCUAUUUAUUGAAUUUAGACAUUUAAUCAUGACCUCUACAGAAGAGAACAUGGUGUUUGUAUUUUGCUGACAUCAACUGCAUGGGUUAUAAAAUAGUCCUUCCGUAAAUGGGGAGAUGCUUGGAGCAAAGAGAUGAAACGUUUGUCUGAAACAAACAAAAUCAAACCACUCCAUCAAAGUUUACCUUAUAGAUGUAGUUCUGCCAGAUCAGUUCUAUUUGCAUGUUUCUCUAUCCGAAUAUUCUGUGACAAAGUUAAGAUUCUUGGGCAGAAUAUUUAAAUUGGCCAGGCAGGUAGAAGAUACAUGUGUGAUAGAGAAAACUCACACCUCCGCCUCCUACCAUCCAUUCUCUUCAUGUUUUGGAUAAGAUUUAUAUGGACAAAAUUAAGUCUUUAAAGUUUAGGCACUUUAAGGAGAACUAAUAACUUUUUCCAAGGAUCAGAUUAAGAUUAUGAGAUAAAAUAAUUCGGUUUUAUACAGAAUAGUUAUUUUAUUUUGUUAUUUUUAAAGGAGAGGAAAUGUUACUUUUUACCUUUAUACUCAGUUGCAUUAUAAAACUUUCAUAUGGGCCUAUAUCGUGGGAAAAAAAAUAGUCUUAUGUUUAAUCUUUGCAGGAGAAACAGGAUUUACUUGGAUCAGUGAUUUCAAAUGAUGCCCUGGACACCGAGAAGGUGUCUCAGCCAACACUGCAGGAAGGGAGGGGGCGUCUCUGUCACUCCUACACUGCUUUAGCCAGAACAUCCUACUUUUAUUUCUCUGUUUUACAUGUUGGGAUUUCAUCUAAAAUUUUUUCUUUGGUAAAAAGCUCCUGCUGUUUUUUAAAAAGUAAUAUAUAUCAUGUUUUUAUUUUAUGGUAUGGUAACUUUAUAGUAAUUUAUAAUCGUGUGUGUGUGUGUGUGUGUGUG